AUAACCUCAUUCUACCAAUUGCUUUCCAUACAACUCUCCACUCCCAUCGACACUAUGCAGUCCUCUAGAAUACUCAGGAUGCAGCCUACGCGUAUCAUGCGCAUGCAGGCUUCACCUCGGAUGAUGCGCCCCGUCCCGAAAGAGGAGCACAGCGCACACACUAUUUCCCAGCGCAUCCGUACUUUGAAGAAGAUCCCUCCAGAGCUUAUCCCCCUUGGUGUUGUUCUUGCGUAAGUAUCAAACCUCCGCUUCACGGCUUGCGUUUCCCGGUCGUAUUCUCACGAGAGUAGCGUUGCAUUGGGCGCUGCCGCCUACUCCCUCGGUCGUCAUUUGGUCA